CGGGCCCAGAACAGAACACAAGACAAUAAUACGCCUGAAACACAAGACGGUGUUUGAUUGGCUGUGGGGUGGCUAACUCCAUUUUGGAAACAGCUGUUUGAGAAGUACCCUUCCCUCAUUGUUUCCCUGAGGUUCCCAGAGAAACAUCCCGCUUUCGGAUACUUUUUUAUCACUAAUCCAGACCAACGUCCUUAUAAGAUUUACACUACGUGUUGCAGAUGAUCCCGGAAACUUAAUUGGUGUUUGAUCCGAUUGUAACAAGUAGACAAGAAAGGCUUGCGAAUCAAGCAAAUCGAAUCACUGGACAUCCACAUCCUGGUAGAUUUGUUGGAGAGGACAAGGCUGUGGCUGCGAGACCUGGUGCAGCUGUGGAUAUGUUUUAGCCCUGCUCAUUCCUCUUUUUUCAAGCAGCAGAGACACAGCUGCCCUUGCCCCAUACCGACGGACACUGGGUGUAAUGAGGUUUCUGGUCAUGGACAGAUGAUGGAUGUGGAGACAACAACGUCGUACUCUGACUUCAUCAAUUGUGAUCGUACAGGCCGCAGGAACGCAGUACCUGACAUCCAGGGACAGGGGGCAGCAGCCAGCACUAGUGAAUUAACCAAAGGCAUGGAAGGGAUGGACCUGAAGGCUGCAGAAGGAGAGACUGGUGCAUCACCAGCCCCUGAGGGUGACGGGUCAACCAGCCAAGAGGCCCAGGGAGUCAAGGGCCCAUCGUAAACCACCUCACAGGAGAGGAGAGAGGGACACCGACAGGAAGGGACAGCAGGAGACACGGAGAGAGGGGAUCUACUUGUUGUCCUGCCUGCCUGAAUCCUACUCCUCAACAGCGAUGACAUAAUCUCUCACUGUGUAGCUCUGAUGGAGCUUUGCUGGUCCAGUUGCAUGAUACUUCUUCUCCUUUAUCAAUUGGCAUUGUGGGAAAUGGAGUUGACAGAACUUGACAGUUGACAAGUAGGACUACAUCUGAUCCUGGCCUAUAGUUGCUGCUGGAAUACAGUGGUAAAGGAAAUGUUCUCAUAUGACUAUGAGAAAGCACAGAACUUUGGACCGAACUCCCAUCAAGAAGAAGAGCUAUACAGAAUCUAUAAUCAUUUGUUACUCAUUUGUUUGUGGCCCAGUUAAAAAUGUUCCUUAGUUUACCCUUUCUUUUACAAGGACACAUGAAGUUGCAAUUACAAUGUACUGUAAUGGAGGUCAUAUUUAUUUCAAAUGGUUCUCUGAUAUCUUUGUAAUUGGAAUUUCUUUGUGCAAUAAAAUGUGUAGUAAGUGCUAGGCUA